CGUUGAUGUUGAAAUGGCGGCGCAAUACAAGUAAACUGGAUUCUGUUAUUGAAAAUAUAUCUUAUAAUCUAUCAUAAUUAAACAAUGCUGAUGGGCUUAAUAAUGAAAUACAGAAGUAGCAGUUCUCUGCUUUAACCAUACAUCCAGUGAAGUACCUUCGCGAUUACUUGGGGAUUCAGCUAUGUAUUUACAACUCAUUGAACUAAAAAUCUAAUUAUGUAUCACAGAAGAAAAAGGAGCAGGCAACGAAGCCUAUCUCCUGCAUUUUCUUUUUGUGGAGCUGCAUCUUCCACAUUUGAUGCUUCUCCAUCCCUGGGAGUUGGUAUAAAGGCUACAAAAUGUGGUAUGUUGCAAGAGUUAUCAACAAGAAAGUUUCCUUUCACCGAUGCUGCAGUAGCCGAUGUCACGUGCACCUUACCAAGCAGUCAAGAAAGUGUUAAUAAUGAAAACAAGCGAACUCCACCCCUAAAAAACUCUAAUGGAGAUACUUCAUUCACCUUGGGCGAGAAUGAAUGUGUGUCAUCCAGAUCCUGGAAGAAGUCUGUGGUUAGGAAACGGUGUCAUUCUUUAAGUUGCGUACAUGAAAACAUGACUCUAGUGCCUCAAGAGAUAGACAUAAUGGAAGACAUGUGUCAAAAACAAGGUGCAGUGUAUAGCUUUAAGAAAGAACAUUUGUUGAAUUGCUUCACUCAUAGUGCUCUUUUAGCACACCAUGAUAUACCUCAGUUUUCUUUGACAACUGGUUCAGAUGAUAAAUUGAUUACAAGGUGGGAUGCGUUUUCUGAUUUUCCGCCUGACAAUGAAACAGUACUUACUAAAGACCAUGGUGAUACUGCCACACCUAAAAAAACUCAGAGUGCAAUAAAUAAUGUUACUCCUAAAAAGCCAAACACACGAAAGUCUUUUAAAGCUGAACUGGGUUCACAUGAUGUUGACCAUGUGCAGGAAACUGCUCAGGUACCUUCAGGGUCAUCCAGAAAGAGAAAAUCACAAAGAAACUCUUUUGUUAACAACACUGUUAAUUCAGUAGACAAGGAUCAGAUAAAGUCUCGUAGAAAUUAUUCAAAGAAAAAGAAAAAAGUUGUUAAUUUAGAAGUUGAUGCUUCAGGUGUACUGAAAAAGAAAUAUGAAGUGGAAAAAGUAAUUGACCAUUGUACGAGCAAAAAUAAACGUUAUUUUUAUGUCAAAUGGAAAGGUUGGAGUCAUUGUUAUAACACAUGGGAACCAGAAGAGCACUUAAAUACUUGUGAAUCUGUUAUUAAAACUUAUAUUCAGUUUUUAAGGGAGAGAAUUUGCUCAGGGAAUUUAUUUUCAACUCAAGAAGCUAAAGAUUUGCAAGAAAAACUUGUUACUGUAACAAAGUAUGAACUUGAGAAAUUGAUGAAGUUAUAUGUGAAAGUCAAUGGUAUACCUUACACAGUUUGUAGUGAGGAGGAAGUUGUUCAUAAGAUGAAGAUGGUGUUCAGGCCAUCAAAAGAAAAAAAGGGAGAGAAAAAUAUUUUAAAAGUAAAAAAUGACAUUCUUGUUCGUACAUACGACAUUUACCGAAUGGUUCAGCUUGAUGCACUGAAAACAUGGGAGAAAGAGCUUAAUGCUAAAGCUACAGAAAAGGCUAAAAUAUUUGUUGAGAAUGAUGUUGAUCUAGAAGGACCUCCUUCAAAUUUUACAUAUAUUAAUGAUUACAUACCUGGUAAAGGUGUUGUUAUUCCAGAUGACCCACCAAUUGGUUGCACAUGUGGUUCUAAGUGUGAUAGACAUUCAAAAGAAUGUUGUGGUCAGCAGUCUGGAAGCAUUUUUGCUUAUUCGCAUAAACAUUUAUUGGUUGCAGAUGUUGGGGUACCCAUAUAUGAAUGCAAUAAGCGAUGUAAGUGCACCCAAGAUUGUCCUAAUCGUGUUGUUCAGAAAGGACGAAAAAUAGACUUGAGUAUUUUUCGAACCUCAACAGGCUGUGGCUGGGGUGUAAAAACAUUACAGCGUAUAAGGAAAGGUUCCUUUAUUUGUGAAUAUGUUGGGGAAGUAAUAGAAACUAAAGAGGCUGAAAAAAGAGGCAAAAUAUAUGAUGCAGAGGGCAGGACAUACUUGUUUGAUUUAGAUUUCAAUGUUGAUGCUUGUCCAUAUACUGUUGAUGCAGCUGCAUAUGGGAAUGUCUCUCAUUUUAUUAAUCAUUCAUGUGACCCAAAUGUGGCUGUUUAUGCUGUAUGGGUAAACUGUUUGGACCCCAAUCUCCCCAAGUUAGCUUUAUUUGCAAAAAAUGAUAUAGAAGUUGGAGAUGAGUUGACAUUUGACUACAUGCAUAAUAAUUUGAGCAUCCAGGACGAUGCAAACAGUACAGCUAACAGAGUGGUGUCUUCUCCACGAUCACGUCUCUUGUUGCCAAAUGCAGAUGAUUCCACAGAUCUAACAUCUUACAAAACACCAUGUAAGUGUGGUGCUAAGCAGUGUAAGAGAUACCUUUUCUGAACAUAAACUGAGUUUAGGAGCCAUGAUUCUGUGCCUGAAGAGUUAUGUACAUAUGGUGUAUGUUGAGGGGAUCAUGGAAAAUUAAUAAUAGUUUUGUUAAAUUGUUAUAUUGUAAUGUAUUAAAUAUGUAUUUCAUUUGAGCAAUACACUUUUUAUUGUACGAGGGGUCACAUUGAUUAAUUUAUCAAUUAACUGCCCUUAUUUGUUUUAGAAAAGAUGUCUUUCAUGCCUUUUAUGAUUGAGAGAUACUGAGGUUUGAUAGACUUUUUGAUAGAUUUUUGUGGCUUCUGGGGUAUGAACUUUUAUAAAUAAAAUAUUUAAAAGUA